CCAUGUCCAUUUACUCUAUCAUCAUUCGCAGAGAAUCACUGACAGUUAACAUCAACAAUACCGACGAAAAGAUAUAUUAAAAAAAGAAGAAAAAAGAAAAAAAAAAGCUAGUAUCAAAGCCAAAUUUACCCCAACCCAGCUUGGCCAUCAAAAUACUCAGCCUGAUCCUCCAAAAAGAAGGCAAAGCGAAACAAAACAAAACAUGACGACCGAAGCAACAGCUUCACAACAAGACCAGCUGCAACAGCAGCAGCAGCAACGGCGGCAGCAGCAGCAGCAGCAGCAAAAACAGCAAGAGCAAGGUCCAAACGGAUCACCGCCAUUGCCGGCGCGCCACAUGCCGCUGACCCCGGGGCCGCGGGCGUCGCGGUUCCAGGAGGUGCUGGACUCGAGCCUGUCGCAUACGCUGGGCAAGAUCAGCUGGGAGAACUUCGCGGCGUGCUACCCGACGGUGGCGGCGCAGGCGCCCGCCGUGCUGCGCGCGGUCCAGAAGCAGAUGGUCGAUCGGUUGGGUGCGCUUUGUAAGAAAGAAUUCGAAUCGGUGAUGCAGACCCGGAAUGUAGUAGCCAAGCUCAACGAGCUCGAGGGCCUGGUCAUCGAGGCCGAGCGCAAGAGGGACGAGGCGGGAGUGGUGGGGGCCGAGGCGCCUGUUCCUCCGCACAUGCUCCCGCCAGACGAGGUGCUAGCCGCGCACCUGGCGCCGCACCUGGCGCAGCAGCAGUCGCAGCUCAACGCCAAGCUGCAGACGGUGCAGGCGCACAACGCGAGGCUGUUCGCCGACAUCCAGCGCCAGCGCGCCGAGAUGCAGUCCCUCGUCGGCCUCCUCCUCAAGGUCAUGGAAGACAUCGACGACGCUAACGGCCAGAUCGACGACGUCGCCGACGACCUCGCCCGCGAGAUGCGCGCCGUCGAGGCUGAGAUGGCGCGCGAGUCGUAGUUGCUUGGUACAUAAUGUUGCUUGGUUAGUACAGAGAGGUGUGUGCAUACUGAGUAGGUACCUACCUACUUGGUACAAUACAUAUACCUACGGUCGGGCGUUUUCGGCGUACCUACCUACAUACAUGUAUGCUAUGUACUAGCAUAAUGGUACUUAUGUAGACGAACGAGAUAUUGUUGGAUACAUACAUACAUGUAACACAUACUUAUAUGUAUCGUUAGUAUCCGGCCUCGGAUCAUCUGGGUAUGUAUGGAUGGAUGUAGGUACAUAGGUACCUAGGUAAGACUGGUACAUAUGUAAGUAGGUGCCUGGCUAACUCAAGUACAUAAUUCUUAUCCCACUAGAUCUUAGCAUACUUCUUGUGUAGACAUGCACAC